AUGGCCGAUGAAGUGAACGAAAACGGACACCCGGAAAACGGCGACGUACCGGAAAUCGAGCUCAUCAUACGGGCUUCAACCAUCGAUGGACGUCGCAAAGGCGCCUGCCUUUUCUGCCAAGAGUACUUCAUGGAACUCUACCUUUUGGCUGAACUGAAAACCAUCAGCCUAAAAGUCACAACCGUUGAUAUGCAAAAACCGCCUCCGGACUUCAGGACCAACUUCGAGGCGACACCGCCGCCCAUUCUAAUCGACCGCGGCAUGGCCAUUCUGGAAAACGAAAAAAUCGAAAGGCACAUUAUGAAAACGGUGCCGGGCGGUCAUAAUUUGUUUGUGCAAGACAAAGAGGUUGCUACUCUUAUUGAGAAUUUGUAUACGAAAUUUAAAAUGUAUGUGACUAAAUAUGAGUCGCCUGAUACUAAGGAGGCUAGUCAGCCUUUGUUUUCGCAUUUGGAAAGGAUUAAUGAUUUUUUGGCUAAAAGAGGAACAAGAUUUCUUACAGGCGAUACAAUGUCGUGUUUCGAUUGUGAAUUGAUGCCCAGGCUCCAACACAUCAGAAUUGGCGCCAAGGCUUUCAGGAAGUUCGAAAUUCCCACUAGAUUUACAGGAUUGUGGAGGUACAUGACAAACAUGUACGAACUGGAAGCGUUCAGACAGAGCUGUCCAGCCGAUCAGGACAUCAUCAGUCACAUUAAAAACCAGUUGGGUCUCAGAACAACUGCCAGGAUAGAGCUGGAGACGCCGAUUUACACCACGUCCAUUCCUAUACUAGAUUCGUAA